AUGGAGUACACCCCCUCGCACCCCGCCAUGCGACCCUGCACCUUCAGCACGUUGGCCAGCAUGAAUAAACCCAUAACAUGGGCCCAGCGCCUGACGCCAGGGGCCCUGGUGGCUUCCCUGCUGUGCGGCCAGCUGGCUGGGGUGGUGGAGGAGUACGUGGUGGUGGACUGUCGCUAUCCCUAUGAAUACGCUGGGGGACACAUAAAGGGCGCCCUGAAUCUGUACCGAGAAGAGCAGCUGGCGAGGUGGUUCCUGCCGGAUCCCUUGGGCACGACCCCAUGCCCCCGCAGCCGUGUCCUGAUCUUCCACUGCGAGUUCUCCUCUGAGAGAGGCCCCCGACUGUGCCGCAGCCUGAGGAGAAUGGACCGAGAUGCCAAUCGGUACCCAGAGCUCUGGUACCCAGAGCUGUAUGUGCUACGUGGCGGCUACAAGGAGUUUUACCAGCAUUUCCAGGGUCUCUGCGAGCCCCAGAGCUAUGUCCACAUGCGACACAAGGACUUCCGAGCCGAGCUUAGGAACUACCAGCGGAGGAAACAGCCUUGGAGUCUGCGCAGGAUCCGCAAAGAGCUUUUCAAGCCCCUGUCCCCAGGGACUCCCUUCCCAGAGCCCAUCCCUGACUCACAGCGAGGGACCCACUAGCCCCAUUCCUUGCCUCUGAAAUGGAGCUGCCCCUUUCCCAUUUGGCAAGUCAGACCUUCCCCUGCUGGCUGCCUCUGGAGCUCCAGCACCCCAGCUGUAAUUUAAAACUCUAACCAUUAUGGUUGCAAAGAAAACAUUCAAAAUAUGGCUCUGUGAAUGAACCUGAUGCAGUGACGUCUUCCUGAGUCUGCAGGCAGCCUGAAAUGAUAGCUCUGUGAGGUUGAACUGCUCCAUUCAGCUCGCUGGAUGUUGACUUGAUGUCAGCGUUGUUCACGUUUUCAUUUCGGACCCAGAGACACAGGACAGAGGAAGAGCCGUAAUUUCAUGGAGACUUGCGCAAUUUGCCUUUAUUGGUGUCACAUUUUCGUUCCUCAAAAGGGUGGAGUUUGGACUGUGGGUGGAGCUUGGGUGCACAUCACUCCUUCCCCCUCCAACUGACCUCAGCCCCUGCCCCAGGGCAGUGACUGACAGGAGCUUC